AUGGACCCGAAUCCACGAGCAGCCCUGGAGCGCCAGCAGCUGCGUCUCAGGGAGCGGCAGAAAUUCUUCGAGGACAUUUUACAGCCAGAGACAGAGUUCGUCUUCCCGCUCUCCCAUCUGCAUCUCGAGUCACAAAGACCCCCCAUAGGAAGCAUCUCGUCCAUGGAGGUGAAUGUGGACACACUGGAGCAGGUGGAAUUUAUUGACCUUGCGGAUCAGGAUGGAGCAGAUGUGUUCUUGCCUUGUGAGGAUUCUCCACCAACUCCUCAGAUGUCUGGAGUGGACAGCCAUUCAGAGGGGCUGAGCCUGCCGGUACCCACGCCAGACAGGACCACAUCCCGAACCUCCUCCUUGUCCUCUGACUCGUCCAACCUACGCAGUCCAAAUCCAAGUGAUGGGGGAGCAGACACACCCUUGGCACAGUCUGAUGAGGAGGACGGGGAUGAUGGUGGGGCAGAGCCCGGACCCUGCAGCUAGCAGUGGACCUCUUGAAGACUGAUCAGUCUGGCUGUUCUCAGUGGGAGGAAGUCCCAGGCCCAGCAGAGCACAUGGAGAAGACCGGACACUUUCCUGGCCAUCAGCACAAAGGGAGGAGAGGAUGGCCGACGGUGGACUGAGAAUUAGCCUUCCCCCGCUUUCUGCUAACUUUCUCCUGCUACAACCCUCCCACCAGUGGUUUUCUUCUGUGGUAGGACUUCCAAAUGAGAAGCGGGAAGAUGAGGUAGGACAAGAUGCCACUGCUUUCUUAGUACCCCUCCUGCCCCCAAAUGACCCUGUAGUCUUCCACUAGAGUCUCCUAAAUCAGUGUCUCUGAAGGGAAGUUCUGAGGAGUUCCACUUGGCACGCUGUGAGGUUGUACUGCAGUAAUCCUGCCUCUUUAAGUCCUUUUCGGAAGAGGGUAUAGUAUAAAUAAUAAACUAUAAUAUACCACUCA